CGACUUCUCAUCUGAAUGUGAUUUAUAAUCAGGCUCUGGGGAGGCAGGUCCACUGGGGGAGGCAUAGGCAGGAGUUGAAAGGAAAGGAGAGAAGGAAGUACACACUAUUUGUUUUAUAGGACUUGCGGUUGGACUGAGCUGGCGCUUGCACCGCAAGGUCGGACCAGUGGAAAAGUUAACCAACGGGUGCUGCAGAAAGAGGGAGAGAGAGCUGCCUGUGUCGCAGGAAGACUUCACUACAGGCAGGACAGUGAGACAGAGAGCGAGAGGGAGCAGCGCUCCACUGGACAUACACACAGACAUGUCUGCUACUAAAGCUCUGCCCUGCCUCUGCCUUCUACUCUCCAUCGUCCUCUCAGGGAUCGUCUGCCCAGCGACUUCCAUUGGUUUACAUUGGGAACAGCAGUCUGUGAUGAAAUUAUGUCAGGACCACACCACUGGGGAUUUCUGUGAAAUAUGUGAGGAUGGAUACAUGCCUGACGUCGCUAACCACGGACGUCACUCCUGCCAGCCGUGCGCCUGUCCCCUGUCCAGCCCCUCCAACAACUUUGCAGAGCACUGUGACAGAAGCAGUAACAUCCUACGAUGCAACUGCCAAGAGGGCUAUGCUGGACAUUACUGUGAGAGAUGUGCUCCAGGUUUCUAUGGCAACCCCAUGGUGAUCGGUGACUCCUGUAAGAGUUGUGACUGUAACGGUAACUCGGACCCUAACCACAUCUUCAAUGAGUGCCACAACGUGACCGGCUUCUGUCAGAAUUGCUGGGGGGACACGGCCGGAGCCAACUGUGAACGGUGUGCCCCAGGUUUCUACGGUGACGCCAUCAGUGCCAAGAACUGCAGAGUGUGUGAGUGUAGUAAGUGUGGGACAGCUUCGUGUGAUGACAGGACAGGGACAUGUCACUGUAAGCCUGGUGUCACCGGCCAACUCUGUGACCAAUGUGAGAAGGGCCACACAGGUUUCAAUAACUGCCAGGGCUGCCAUAGUUGUGACUGCGGACCUGCCGGUCUCCGGCCCACCUGUCAUCCUCUGACCCACAGCUGCCAGUGCAAACCAGGGGCCGGAGGCCGAUACUGCGAGCGUUGCCUCCCAGACUACUGGAACUACGGCCCCUCAGGGUGUCAGAAAUGUGACUGUGCUAGCAGCCACUGUGAUGUGCACACUGGGGAGUGCCUCCCUGAAUCCACCACGGUCAACCUCUGCAACAUCAGUUGUGAUGAGUGUAUCUGGCACCUGAUUGGUGACCUGAGGCUGUCCAAUAAGACCCUGGACCAGGUGAAGGUCAGUGUGUUGAACAUCUCCACUGGGGCUGCAGCCAACGACAGGCUCAAGUACUACAACUACACCGCCCAACGUCUGCAGACACAGUUUGUGAACUGGAGGAAUAAGUCAGCUCUGAUGAGGACCCAGACUGGGCAGCUGGAGGAGGCCAGCGCUGUUCUACUCUUAGACAUGAACCAUCUUGCAGAGACGGAGAGUGUACUGAAGUCCUUGGGGGACAGAGUGGAUGACGACACACUACAGAGCUUCACUCUGGCUGAUGAGCUGACAACUAACCUUACCGCCCUCAAAGUGCUAAUUGAAGAGAUGAUCAGUGACUGGAAGCUGUACAGUGUCCAUCAGGAUCUGGACCCAGAGAUCAUCAUUCAAAAGACAGCUGUUGCCGAGGGCAUGGUGGCCUGGAUGAAGAAACUGGACCUUUCCCCACAAGAACCCAUCGCCACCGAUGAGUCAACCGAGGCCCACGACCUCCUUAGACGCAUGCGUCAGCUGGAGAAGAAGCUCAUCAGUACAGACAGCCGCGUGGCCCCGGUACGGGAGGUGCUCUCCCGCUUCACCAACAAGCUCUCUGAGGCCCAGGAGAUCCUUCAGAAGGCUGCCAACACUGUCCAGGAGACGGAAGACAUGAACAAAGGCAACACUGUCAAAUUCCAGAAGAGUGAGGCCAAGCAGCAGGAACUGAUAGAGAACCACGAAGCUGUGAAUGACACCUUGCAGAUGGCUAAAGACCUUAUCAUGGACACUGAAAAUACUGUGGCCGAGAUGCAUCUCCUGGUGCAGAACGUGACUGAAUACCACGCUGUGAUCGACGGCGCCAGCAAGGGGCUGCAGGAGAAGACUGAGGUGCUGCCCCUGACAGACAGAGACCUGGUCCUGAGAGCCCAGGACCACGCAGAGGACCUCCAGAGUCAAGCGGAUGAGCUGGAGUAUAAUCUGAAACGCAGUGAUGCCAACGGCUUCGUGCAGAAGGCUCUGGUUACAGCCAAUGUGUACAACAACAUAGUCCAGUACAUCGAAGAGGCCAACAUCACUGGACUGACAACAAUGGAUUUAGCAACAAGAGCUGAGGAUGCCAGCGAUGGAAUCAACACCCAGCUGGGGUUUCUGAAGACCCAGAGUGAGCAUGUCUUCAAGGAAUCUGUUUCAUUGCGCUCUGAGCAAUUCGAGGUUGAAGCUGAGGUUCUGGACAAGAUGAAAUACAUUGAGGAGACCAAGGAGACCAUGGGGGAUUACACCAAAAAACUAGCGGUAGUACUGAAAGAUAUCAAGGGAAUUGAGCCAGGCAGAACCACCAAGCGUCUGGAGCUCACCGAGGAGGUGGCUGAAGGCACCCUGAACCGCUCUGUGGAGGUCCUGCAGACCAUCACCCCCAUCCACGAGAAGGUGGAGGAGUGGGCCACCAACAUGAAGAACCAAGAUUACUCUGCUGCAGCCUUUGACCGCGCUGUAGUCUCUGCUGGGGAAGCAGUGGAGAACCUGUCUGAGCUGGUCCCUGAACUGCUGGAUAAGCUGCGUGUGGUGGAGGAGAAGAACCAAGUGAACAAUGUGACCACUAACAUCAUGAGGAUCAGAGAGCUCAUUGCCCAGGCCAGGAGUGUGGCCAAGAAGGUCCAAGUGUCCAUGAAGUUCAACGGUCAGUCAUCGGUUCAGGUGCAGCCCCACACCAACCUGGAGGACCUGAAGACAGUGACCACCAUCAGCCUGUUCAUCAGGGUGGACCCAGAUAAGGACCCUAUCGAGGACCGCUUCAUCUUCUAUCUGGGAGACAGAAACGGUAGGAAGGACUACAUGGGUCUGGCAAUCAAGAAUGACAACCUGGUGUACGUCUACAACCUGGGAGAGGAAGAUGUCGAGAUCCCACUUGGUUCAAAGCCUAUCAGCCAAUGGCCUCCAGUCUUCAACCUCAUCAAAGUGGAGAGGUUGGGCAGACAUGGCAAAGUGUUCCUGACCGUACCCAGUCAGACAUCCACAGACGAGCAGAAAUUCAUCCAGAAGGGAGAGGCCUUUGGCACCGACUCCCUGUUCGACCUGGAUCCUGAAGAUACUGUCUUCUUUGUGGGUGGCGUCCCCGCUGAUAUCAGGCUUCCACCUGCACUAAGCCUAGCUCCUUUUGUGGGCUGCAUCGAAUUGGCCUCUUUGAAUAACGAUGUCAUCAGUAUGUACAAUUUCAAACAGACCCACAAGAUGGAUGUAGUUGCUUCAACACCUUGUCCCAGGUAUAAGCUGGCAUUCUCACAAAGUCGUAUCGCCAGCUACCUGUUUGACGGAACUGGAUAUGCCCUCAUCAACAACAUGGAGAGGAGGGGUAAAUUUGGCAUCGUCACCCGGUUUGACAUUGCUGUUCGGACAGUGGCAAACAACGGCAUCCUGUUACUCAUGGUCAAUGGGGUAAAUAUAGCAAAAAAAUGACAACUUUUCCUGUUGGAGUUGAAGAAUGGCUUCCUACGUCUCAUGUAUGACUUUGGCUUCAGUGGAGGCCCGAUCGUCAUGGAGAGUAACUCACCCAAACUACAAAUCAACGACGCAAGAUACCAUGAGGUGUCAGUGAUUUACCAUUACUCCAAGAAGUUCAUUCUAUUGGUGGACAAGAGUCACGUGAAGUCCAUGGAGAACGAGAAAAAGACUCUGCCCUUCUCUGAUAUCUACAUAGGAGGAGCCCCCUCGCACAUUCUCCUCUCCAGGCCUGAUCUGUCCUCCCCGGUUGGGCUGAAGGGCUGUGUGAAGGGCUUCCAGUUCCAGAAGAAAGACUUCAACCUCCUGGAAGAACCUGGCACUAUUGGCAUCAGCAGCGGUUGUCCUGAGGAGUACUUUUUGUCCCGUAAAGCCUAUUUCACUGGAGAGAGCUACCUAGGGUCUGCGGCAAAGAUAUCUCCUUUCGACUCCUUCGAGGGAGGCCUUAACUUCAGGACACUGCAACCUACUGGUCUCCUGUUCUACCACAGCGAAGGGUCUGAUGAGUUUACCAUCACCCUUGAGAAUGGAGCAGUGGUAUUGAACUCCAGAGGCACCAGAGUCAAAUCACAGAAGAAGCAGUACAAUGAUGGAAUUACCCAUUUCCUGGUAGCUUCAGUGAAUAAUGACAAGUAUGAGUUGGUGGUGGAUGACAAAGACAAGCAUGAGAAGAAACGUCCGACUGCUGCCCCGUCAGCAUCCACAGUGAGGAACUUCUACUUCGGAGGCUCUCCCAGCAGCAGCAUCAAGAACUUCACUGGCUGCAUCAGCUAUGCCUACAUCAGCAGACAAGACAGAGACAUUGAGCCAGAGGACUUUCAGAAGUACACUGAGAAUGUCCAGACCUCUCUGCAGGACUGCCCUGUGAAGCGACCACCCGCUGCCCUGUUCUUGAAGCAAAGUAAGAACUCUGCCAAACCCAAGCAGGGCCAUACAAGGAAGGUGGGCAGAGAUAAGUCCAACCUCCCAAAAGGCCUGUUGGGACUGAAUAGUGAUGACCAGGAGCCAGGAGAGACAGAGGAGACGCCCUGCUACCUGUCCCCCAGGCCCCGUGCCACCCGCCAUGCCCAUCACUAUGGGGGCACUGCCAACAGCAGGCAGGAGUUCACAGACAUCCCAGGGUCCCUCUCUAAGAGGUCUCACUUCUCCCUGUCCCUGAAGACCCAGUCCUCCUUUGGCCUAAUCUUUUAUGCAUCAGAUGAGGCGGAGGACAACUUCAUGGCUCUCUUCCUGGCCCAUGGCAAGCUGGUGUACACAUUCAACCUGGGUCAGCAGAGGGUCAAGAUCAAGAGCCUGGAGAAGUACAAUGAUGGAGCAUGGCACAAUGUUAUUUUUAUCCGUGAUGGGAAUCUAGGCCGAUUAGUCAUUGAUGGGCUGACAGUGCUGGAGGACAGAGCUCAGGGCUCCAACAUUUCCUGGCACGUCAGCAGCCAACUCUACUUGGGGGGGGUGCCCCCAGGGAGGGCCCAGAGGAACAUACAGAGAAACUCUGCAUACAGCUUCACUGGCUGUGUGAAGAACCUCCAGCUGAAUGGCCAAUGGCUGUCCUCCGUGUCCCAGACCUUUGGGGUGACGCCGUGUUUCGAGGGACUCUCCGAGCCGGGGACAUACUUCUCCGAAGAGGGUGGAUAUGUUGUUUUGGAUGACACGUUCAACCUGGGGCUGAAGUUUGAACUGGUGGUGGAGGUGCGCCCCCGUGUGGCAUCAGGGGUGCUACUGCAUGUGUACACAGCAGCUGUGGAGUACCUCACCAUGUACAUCCAUCAAGGAGCAGUGAUGGUGCUGGUGAACAACGGAGUUCGUGAGUUCUUCACUCAGGUCACUCCUAGACUAGGCCUGUGUGAUGGGAGCUGGCACAGGAUCACAGUGAUUCGAGAUGCCAAUGUUGUCCAGCUGGAUGUGGACUCAGAGGUCAAUCACGUGGUUGGACCACUCAACCCCAGCACCAAGAGUGCCAGGACCCCUGUGUUCAUUGGUGGAGCUCCAGAAUCUCUUCUUCCAGCGGGCAUUGCAACUAGGAGGGCCUACACAGGCUGUAUGAGGAAGCUGACUGUGAAUGAGAGCCAAGUGAGCUUCAGUAAAGCUGCCCUGGUCAGCGGGGCCGUCAGUGUGGGCUCCUGUCCAGCUGCCUAAAGGGCCUGUCAUAACCAAUGCAGGCCAGCUCUCCAGCAACAAGACUGACCAAAUUCUGCUUCAUAACUAUCUAUCCAUAUUUUGCCAAUGCAACAUUUGUUGUUCUUUGGUAAGAGAAUGAUCCAGAAAUGUAAACCACCCUCCAUAUGAAUUAGUCUAGUUUCACAUGAGAAAAAACUGUGUUUCAAGUGUUUCUUUGAAGGACUGCAACAUGUUGUGAUUAAGGACCACUGCAUUUCCAGUGCUCAUAUUAUAGCCAACUGAAGAAGGCUUGUAAAUGCAUCUUCAUUCUCUUAAUCUACAUUGACAGUACUCAUAAAUCACACUCCCACUCCCAAAGGGACGGGUUUGUUUAGUCUACGAGAGCUGUGAUGUACUGUAGAAGUGCAACCAACUCCAGUUCCAGACAAUGCUUCCACUACCCUAUUUUGUAAUCUCAAUGUAGCCACAUCUUUGUCUUUUCUAUGUUUUUAUUCAUUUAAUGUAUAAUUUUAUUUCAAAUAAUAUAUAUAUACACUACCAUUCAAAAGUUAGAAAUGUCCUAGGUUUUUGAAAGAAAUACACAUUGUUUGUCCAUUAAAAUAACAUAAAAUGUAUCAGAAAUACAGUGUAGACAUUGUUAAUGUUGUAAAUGACUAUUGUAGCUGGAAACGGCAGAUUUUUUUAUGGAAUAUCUACAUAGGCCCAUUAUCAGCAACCAUCACCAUUCUGAAACUCGUCAGUCUAUUCUUUUGAGAAAUUAAGGCUUUUGCCCAUUUUGAAUCUUUUCUUUUUAUUGGCCAGUCUGAGAUAUGGCUUUAUCUUUGCAGCUCUGCCUAGAAGGCCAGCAUCUUGGAGUCGCCUCUUCACUGUUGACGUUGAGAACGGCCAAUGAAUAGAAUAGCUGUCAGGGGUGUGUACGGGAGGAGAAAGUCAGGUGCAGGAGAGCAGAUUGUAGGCUAAUUCCAGUCCAACAAUUAUAGCACAUAAGAACAAUAACGUGCCAAAAACACGGAACAUAGCAAAAGUAUAGAGCCUGACAAAAUCCACAUAACAAUAAACAAUUAAA